GGAGAACUCCUCGCCCUUCUCUCUAUAUAAACAGAGGAACCCCUCAGGUCUCGAACCAUCAAUCGUUCCUAGUGAGAGAGAGAGAGAGAGCGGCGAAGAGUUUUCUCCGCUGCUGCAGAAGGGUUUCCAGUUUCGAAACAAUCUGAAAAACUCUUGAGAUCUUUCUGCAGAGGUAGUAAAAAAAAACUCCUUCGAUCAAAAUGGCUCGCUCUCUUUCUAACGCAAAGUUUGUUUCUGCUCUCGUCGAUUCCAUCUCAGUUUCAAUCAACAGGCGAGGUUAUGCUGCAGCAUCUCAGGGAGUCGCAACGAGCGUGGUGAGAGGAAGUGGAGGAAGGAGCGGUUUAGUUAAAGGUGGGGAUGAGAGGGUAGCCAUGAAAGAAACUAAAAGUUGGGCACCAGACCCAGUCACCGGUUACUACAGACCAGAGAAUUGUGGAGCGGAGAUCGAUGUGGCUGAGCUUCGGGAGACGCUCUUGAACAACAAAAAUAGGGAGCUCUAGAUUUUAAGAAGAUUAUCCAACCAAAUGAAAAAGAAAGGUUUCAGCAGCAGUGUUUACAGAAGAUCUGUGAUGAAUGUAUCUGUAUCUCCUCUCUUGAUUGCGGAAAACAAAAUCUUAGUCGCUUUUAUUUUUCUGAUCAGUUUUGUAAUUUUUUUCCUUUAUCUAAUUUAUAAAAUUAAGACUAAAUUUAUGGCA